CUGGGGAGCAAUGAUAAUUUGCACUAGACCUAAAGUGCUCUUUCAUGGUCAGGUCUUAUGGUGAGCCAUUGGUGAGUGGUAAGGUGUCAUAUGAGUCAGAAAAAAGUGGCUCUAUGUGAAUUUCUUCUCAAAGUUAAGUAGGCUUCAGUUGGACCUGGAGAUAGAAUGAAGAGAUGGAACCUAUAAGGUCAGAGAAUAUGAAGCACCACAGUGAAUAGAUUGAUAUAAAGAGAUGGAAUUUUGUCCUACCUGUGGUUCGAUGUUGCAAUACGAGUUGCCACACUUGGAUCGUCCUUCAAGAUUCGCUUGUCCUUCUUGUCCGUACGUCUGUAACAUGGAGAGUAGGGUUAAAAUCAAGAGAAAACAACGUUUGGUUAAGAAAGAAAUUCAACCAAUUUUCACACAAGAUGCCAUGAUGGAUGGCCCCCAAACUGAAGUAACAUGCCCUAAUUGCAAAUUUGGGAAGGCUGUUUACCAUGAACUCCAGACGCGAUCAGCUGAUGAGCCGAUGACAAUAUUUUACAUGUGUGCAAAUAAAAAUUGUAAACACAGGUGGAAUGAAUGAGAAAUGUGGAAACAAGUAAAGAAGACUGAAUGUUUCUUAUUUGUACCCUUUCUUUUAUUUUCUUAAUAAAAAAUGGUUCAUUGGAGUAUCUAAGUAUCGAUUCCAAUGAAUUUUUGCUACCAAUUAAAGGGUUCUAAUUUAUUGGGGUUUGGACAUAUAGCCAAACCCCAGUAAAGUUUAUAGCAAUCAAAUUUAGUUUAUGCUUCAAUUUGUAG